AUGGACAAUUCCCCACUACAACAACACUCUCCAAAUAAUUCAUUCCCAGCAAUACAAGAAGAAGCAGAAGAAGGAUCCUUAAGAAGAAUAACAUCAACAUAUUCCCAUCACCAUCUCAACUCAACACAACAACCCUUAAAUCAAACUACUUCCAAUAAUCAAGCAAACAAUAUGAAUGUAAUUGCAUCUUAUCAGACUUCCCCACAUGCUUCAUCAACAUCCUUAUAUAAGGAUUCUUUUCCAAAAAGUUUCCAUUCUCCACCUCAGCCUACAACCAUGCAUGGUAGCAAUCUUUCUAUACUACGAAUCCAAUCAUCUCCAACUCCAAAAAACUUCACCGCCUCAUCACAUAUAUCCAACCAACAACCAUCUAUGAAUGAAAGGCAACAACAACCUGCCAACUCUUCAAAGAGCUUUCAUAGCACCGAUCUUUGUGAUCUCACAUUAGGUAGUAAGGCCACAAAUAUGUCCUGUGAAAUUCAAUCGAGCUAUAGUUCAUUGCCUACCAUUCACCAAGAUUCGAACAUGUGUUCUCCCAUAGUGAUUCAACAAAGAGUUUCACAACAGCAAGACGGUUCCGUUUUGGAAAACAAAACAAAUUCACACCACCAUCAUCACGUGUUGCCAUCAUCAUCAAAUCCUCCUCCACCAACAACAGGACAACAAUCAUAUUACAAUAAUCAACAAAAUAGGAUGCAAUCACCACAUGUGAAUACUAAUACUAAUACUAAUAACAAUGGACAGUGUGGUAGUGAACAAACUAUGUAUUCAAAUAUAGUUUAUAGAUCAACAACAAAUCAAACGUUUGCCGUGGAUCCUUCUCCCAAUAAUUCUUUAAAUAUGAUGGGUCAACAACAACAAUCAAAUCCAUCAUCACUUAGCCACAAUCAGAUGACUGAUCAUUCCUACUCAAAUAACGGUAAUAAUAUUACAUCACAACAACAAUAUCAUCAAAAUAAUGUUAUUUCGAUGAUUGAAAAUGAUCAACACAUUAAAAGACUUGUGGAGAGGAUGACAUGUCACAUGCAUGAAAUGUUAGAAUUUGAGUUGCAUCUUUCUAAUAGUGAUAUGCGACAGCUAUUUUCAGAUGGUUAUUACAAUCCAUCCUUGUUAUCUGCGACAGGCACUACCUCAAAUUCCACAAUAGCAAAUAAUUUAAAUUCUUGUGGAAAUUAUGAUUCAGUGAACAGUAAUACUGCCACUUCUGCUACUGUUAAUACUGGUGUUAAUUCUUCUGAAGGAUCUAUAUUGAAUGGUGUAUCAUCGAGCAGUUCUUCUGCAAAUAAUAAUAGUAAUUUAACUCGAAUUGACUAUAUUAAAUGCACACCAAAUGGAGUUUUUACAAAUUUUGAAAGUGGAAAGAGUACUGAUUCAACCAGUUCUGCAUCUUCUUGUGGAAGAAAUUCACCAGAUACUUCAGAAACACAAGGUUUAACAUGGUAUGAAAAUCAGCAAGUAGUUCUUCAUUUAUGGGUGAAAAUUAAGGAACAAACUCUGAAUCAAUUUAAAACAAUUUUCGAUGAUUUUUCAUCUGGUAAUUUAAAUCCUUCCAUUAUUUCACCAAUCAAAUACCAAAUACUCUAUAAGAAUGCUGAAUUUACAGCAAAGGAAGUGCUAGUUCAUGAAUUUUCUCUAGAUCCAAUUCAAUGCUAUCAGAAAUAUUUAAAGAAUAAUGAACAGGAGGAAAAACCAGUGGAUUCAUUCUUGGUCUACUCUCGUAAUUUGGAUUUCUCUUUGGAAAGAAAGACAGUCAAGGUUGUGAACAAGAGAUUGAAAGUUAGAUUUGAAAUGAUUGCACUCCCGUAUCUAAGUGAACUACAGCAACAACAACAACAACAACAGACACGAAUUUCACUCUUGCUUAGUCCAACUAUUGUUUGCCUUACUGCACGUUCCUUCUUCUUCGACAAACGGAGAAUCAAGACUGCAAAAGGUACUCUCACAGGAAAUCCAACAAGUAUCAGUGCAACCCCUCAAGGUGGAGGAGGUUAUGGUGGUUUGACUUCCUCUAAUUCUGGAUCUUCUUCCUCUCCAAUCGGUGCCAAAUUAAGGCAAGUGGCCUCUUCACUAAGCGAUGGCGCUAACACCAAAUCAAAUUCCUUAAUUUGUGAUGAAUCCCCUUCAGUUACCUUUUCGCAACAUUCGGCGAAUCAUUCACAUGCUUACAAUCCAUAUCCCCCAACACAUACACCUCAUCAUACAACAACAACAUACCACCAGCAAACACCACCUUUAAGGGAUUCUAGAAACCAAUUGUCUCAGCUUGCCAAUAACAGCAGUAUUUCACACCAACAACAAUCACCACAACACUAUAACGUGGUGGUGUCGCCCUUGCAUCCAGAACAAGCCCCUUCACCGUAUUAUAUGGAUGGUUAUAAGAAUCAUCAACCACCUCAACGUCAUUCGAAUCAAUCAUUUAAUCAUGUUUCUGGUAGUCCUGCUGCAUCCUCUGCUGGUGGAGGACAUGGUUAUUAUUCAAACAAUCAACCUAUUAACCAUGCAGUAAGUUCAUCUUUUGGAACACCUCCACAACAACAAUCAACCUAUAGGCCAAGUUACAGUGCAAGUUCCUUAAUAUUUGAUAGUAAUAAUGUUAAUGGUAACCCUUCUCAAAAUAAUCAUUAUUAUUCACAACAACAACAUCCAUCAGAGGUUAGAUCUUCUUCUGGAAGCCCACCAUAUCCAACCCAAUCACACCAGUCUCAUGUAAAACAAUCACCUGUGUCCACUGGAUCCUCUUCAUUACCUUCUCUUUCCUCAAUUUUCUCUAAUUCACCAAUGACUGCACCGCCACCACCUAAUAACAGAUCAAGUCCACCCUCAAGUAUGAUCAAUCCUCAACAACAACAACAAGUUUUUAAAAGUGAAACAUCUUCAUUUCCCAUCUCUAAUCCACACGGUCCACCUCCACCACAACCAAUUCCUCAAACCUCCAACAAUAGAAAUCAAUUUUAUCAAUUAAGCAUUCCAGUUCACUCUCUCCCUUCUGAUUUUAUGGACAUGCACGAUUCUAAUGAAAUAUUGGUGAAUGACUUUUUGGAAUUUGUCCACAACAAAUAUCGAAAAGCACCAAGAAAUUUUGCUAAAUUACAAUAA